AUGGCACAGUUGGAUACUGCCGCUAAUGUCAAACUUCUUCCACUCCUAUUUUCCAGCUUCCCCGAUAGGCAGCUCUGUAGCAAGGUUGCCCUCAUCGUACAAGCCGGGCUCAUCCUGCAGUAUCUCAGCAUAGCCACUGCUGUUGAGCCAAGGUUCAAAAUCCAGAUUUUCGCUUCUUCAUCACACUCUGGAGACAGGGAUCUCCUGAGGCUUUGGCUGAUGGAGCUGCGAUAUCAGUCUUCUUCCACCAGCCGGCCAGACAGAACUAGGGAGGUGGCUGUGCUUAGAAGUGUUCAGAACCAGGCUUUCAGCUCUUCCCCUUCCAACGACACCAACUUAGCAAUGGGAUUCAUCCUCCUGGGCUUCCCAUCCCUCUCACCCCCAAUCCAACUGCUCCUGUGCUCUUUGCUAUCUGUAUGCUACGCCUUCACCUUGGCGGGGAACCUGUGCAUCGUAUGGGCUGUUCUCCGGGACUCUCGCCUCACUCACCUCCCUAUGUACAUCCUGCUGGGGAACUUCUCUGGUCUGGAGACAUGCUAUGUAACCACCACAGCGCCCCGGAUGCUGUCAGAUCUGGCAUCCCCACUGCCAGGUGUCAUCUCUUUCCACAGCUGCUUCCUCCAGUUCUACUUUUUCUUCUCUAUGGGAACUACCGAGAGCUUCCUUCUCGCAGCCAUGGCCUUGGACCGGUACUUAGCCAUCUGCCAGCCGCUACGUUAUCCGAUGCUCAUGUCCCCAAGGUUUUGCUGCAUCCUGGCUGCUUCCUGUUGGAUCUGUGGCUUCCUGUGGUUCCUUGUACCCAUUGCUUUGAUUUCCCAGCUCCAUUUCUGCGGCUCAAACACCCUCGACCAUUUCAUCUGCGACCCAGGCCCACUACUGGCUUCAUCCUGCACUCUAGCCCCUGGGCCAGAAAUGGCCUUCUACAGCCUCAGUUCAAUUGCGAUUUUUGGCCCUUUCAUCUUUAUUGUGUGCUCCUACAUGGUGGUCCUGAGGGCGGUGAUGAGGCUGCCUUCUGCAGCAGGGAGGCGGAAGGCCUUCUCCACAUGCACCUCACACAUGGCAGUAGUGAGCCUUUUCUAUGGUUCCAUCAUGGUCACCUACGUUGUCCCCGAAGCUUCUGGUGGCAGCAACAAGGUGGUGACCCUCUUCUAUUCAGUGGUGACCCCCAUGCUCAACCCACUUAUCUACAGCCUGAGGAACAAGGAGAUGAAGGAUGCCCUAAAAAGGACAGUGUUGCAGGGAAAUUGGGGUCUCUGA